GGGGUCAACAGGUGGUCAACAACAUGGCGGAACAUCGCGGCAAGGCAGGCAUGGAGUCUCGUCGUUUUGAAGCGAUUUCGGGACAUUUGGCUUCUAACGACCGUCCCAAAUCGGCAGAAAACAAAGACAAGUCUCAGAUAGAGAUGAGGCAAUGCGGAGAAGUUAAGAGCGUGAUUUCUAAACACAGACAGGAGGUCUUGAAGUGGAAUGGCUGGGGCUACAAAGACUCCAAGUUCAUUGUCAACAAGAAGGGACUGGCUGAGUUUGUUGGAGAAAAGUACCGUCUGAGUGGAAUGGUCCUCCCUUCCCUUGUGACUUGGAUGGAGAAGAACACAGGAGGAGACAUACAGCACACCUCACCUGCACAGUCUGAGAGAAAGCCAGAAGACGUCCCAGAGCCUGUGACCAAUGGAGAUUUCUUGAAAGAUGUCUCCGAACUUGACAUCAGCUAUUCGCAAGACCCUCUUGAUCGAGAGUUCCAUGCCCACGGACACACCUUACAUGAGAUCUUCAUUCUUAGAGAAGGAACCUUUAAGAGGGUGCCUGAUGUCGUCAUCUGGCCAAGUAGCCAUGAUGAGGUAGUGAAGAUUGUGAGACUGGCCACCAAGCAUGAUGUGUGCAUCAUCCCGUAUGGAGGUGGUACAACAGUGUCUGGGGCCCUGCAGUGUCCUGAAGAAGAGACUAGGAUGAUAGUCUCACUGGACAUGUCACAAAUGAACAACAUCUUGUGGCUUGAUGAGAAGAACCUGACCAUGUGUGCUGAGGGAGGGAUCAUUGGACAGGACCUGGAGAGAGAGUUGAACUUGAAGGGCUAUACCACUGGCCAUGAACCUGACUCUAUAGAGUUCAGUUCACUGGGAGGCUGGGUGGCAACCAGAUCUUCAGGGAUGAAGAAAAACAUCUACGGGAACAUUGAAGACUUGGUGGUGCAUGUGCGGAUGGUGACCCCCCGUGGAGUAAUGGAGAAGAACUGUCAGGUGCCGCGGAUGUCGACAGGACCGGACAUUCACCACUUCAUCAUGGGGUCCGAAGGAACCCUUGGAGUAGUGACAGAGGUGACUAUGAAGAUCAGACCUCUCCCUGAGAUGAAGAAGUAUGGGUCGGUCAUCUUCCGCAACUUUGAAGACGGAGUUGCCUGUCUGAGAGAGAUCGCUCGACAGAGAUGUGCCCCUUCCUCUAUCCGACUCAUGGACAACAUGCAGUUCCAGUUUGGUCAAGCUCUGAAGCCUCAGGCUGGAAGCAUAUUCACUUCAUUUGUGGAUGGUUUGAAGAAAAUGUACAUUACCAAGUGGAAGGGAUUUGACCCUAACCAACUCUGUGUGGCUACACUGCUUUUUGAGGGUGCAAAAGAGGAAGUGCUGGCUCAGGAGAAAAGAGUGUAUGAAAUUGCCAGCCAGUUUCGAGGUCUGCCAGCUGGAGAAGAGAAUGGACAGCGGGGAUACAUGCUCACCUUUGUCAUCGCAUAUCUGAGGGAUUUGGGUUUGGAACACUACAUUGUGUCAGAGUCCUUUGAAACAUCUGUACCCUGGGACAGGGUGCUGGACCUGUGCAGAAAUGUGAAGGAACGUCUGACCAGGGAAUGUCACGACAAAGGUGUCCAGUUUCCUCCCAUGAACACUUGCAGAGUCACACAAACGUAUGACAGUGGUGCUUGUGUUUACUUCUACUUUGCCUUCAACUACCGAGGCCUGAACAACCCAGUGCACGUGUAUGAGGAGAUAGAGAAUGCAGCAAGAGAUGAGAUCUUGGCCUGUGGUGGCAGCUUAUCCCACCAUCAUGGAGUUGGCAAGUUGAGGAAGAAAUGGCUGAGUCAGACAGUCUCUGAUGUUGGCAUUGGGAUGAUGAAGGCCGUCAAGCAGUACACAGACCCUCAAAACAUCUUUGGUAGUAACAACCUAAUCACACUGGAGAAGGCUAAACUGUAAUCCAGCACCAGAAGGUCUAAAGACAGCUGCUAAAACUCCAAAUUCCAAAAUAGUUUACAUGAAAAUGUAAUGACUACAAAUGUAGGUUUUGCUCUUAGUUUUGCCUUGCUGAACAACAUAAAUAUGGUAAAACACUGUAAGUAACUGAACAACAUACAUAUAACAAAACAUGGUAACUGUAACUAAGACUUAAGUCUUAAACAGUUAGAAAAAUUAACAUGGCAAAAGUGAAUCUGUUCUCACUCAUUAAAAUAAGUAAUAUUUUUUCAACUAUAUGCAUGGAUCAUCCUCAAAUAAUUCACAAGAAAUGACUCUAAAAAGUGUAUACAUGCAAUCCUUAAUACAAAGCACAACAAUGGCAUUACAUGGUGGCAGGAAAUGAC